CGUCGUCGUCGUAGUUGUUGUACACAAGAUGUAAACAUCGCAGCAGCAGUGACCUAUAUUUACGUGCUGCUGACUCGAUCGUACGUCAAAUCAAAAACUUUAGAUAACCGGUAGUAUCGCGGACGAUAUUGAACCAGCCGAUUCAAUCAUAAACUUACGUGUAUCCUAAUUUUUGUUUUUUGUUCGACCGAAAAAUGACGAGUGACGAUAAGAUACCUUUAUUGAAUGAAUCGAUGAGUGAAGAUGAUAGAUCCUUUUUGGAUCAAUCAAUGAGCGAGGAGACAUCUCAAUGGGAUCGAUCGAUGAGUGAAGAGCCAUCGACGAGUGUGGAGAGGAAACCUAUAACGGUUCAGCCACGAGCUCAGGAGGUAAGAAUAUCAGUUGGAAUCGAACGAGGACGAGCCAAUAUCACAAAUGAGAGGCAGAAUGACGAAAACCGGCGAUUUAUAAACGACCAAGUCCACCAAGCUUUAAGAAUCGAACGAGUGGCACGACGACUAGAACGCAAACGACAAGAGGCUGACCGUAUGAACCAGUUCUUAAUGGGUUGGAUGCCAGCUUGCAUCGUUCGCCCGAUAACGUAUUUAACCUUAAAGUGUCCUGAUUAUACGUUAGGGCUUUGCAUCUGUGGAUUGGGCGUGCUUUUUAUGGUGGUCCUUGUGAUCCUUAUUUUAAUCAGCCCUAAAGGAUAUAUCGUUAAAGGACCUAUGGCUCCGUAAAUAGAAAUACACUUUUAAUAUUUGGAACUCGAUCGAAUAAAUAAUAGCAAUGUUAAUAAUAUUUUUAUGAGCAUAA